CCCGGUCGACCUUGAAUUUUUAUCAUCUCUGACCAUCGAAUCCCCGGUCUCUACAUCAGUGUCUGAGGUUCUAGCCUUUCUAUAUAUCGCUGCAGGUUGGCUUGUGUCGUUGCGAACCGAGACGAGCUUACGGACAUCCACUCGGCGUGCAGGAUUUGCUCGCUUCCAGCGGCAUCUUUAGCUUGGAAAGCGAGUCCAAUCGUCUACGCUGUGUCCGAUACGAUAUCAGCGAGCGCCACUUCGAGUUAGAUGCUUGUUGCCAACUUGAGCACACCUGCAAGCGCAACUGUGGCCCUUGACCAGCUCUGACCUCUACGCCUCUCCACACGGCCACCCAGAGCGUUGAACUCGAACGCAGAUCAUCCUUGCUAUUCACGGCGCGCAUCCAAUCCCAUCCUUGUCACAUUCGGAUUGGCUAGGGGGACAGCCUUCCGGUACAGGGAGCUACCGCUGGUAGUCGGAGCGGAGAACUAUUAAAGCACUCUCCCACCCCAUGGUCUGGCAGGAGGCCAGCGUCUUUUAGGGCUGCUCGGCGCACACAGGCUUCUUGCCUUGUGCUUCUCCUUGACUUGCCGUCGAGAUGGAGACCGUGUUCAUUACCAUUCAUGAUUUAUCUCGCGAUGCUCGCAUCAAGUACUGUUCGGACUCUGUUGAGGACAUCCUCGGAUACCUGCCCCAUGAAGUCGUUGGCAGGUCGUGCUGGGAGUAUUUCCAUCCCGAGGAAAUACCCUUUGCCCGCGAGAUCCAUGACCGUGGCAUCGAACUGGAUAAGGCGGCUGUUAUGAACUACGCCCGGAUCAGGCACAGAAAUGGCGAAUGGAUCGGCUGUGAAUGCGUCUUCACAGUUGUCCAUGAUGUCCUUGUUGCCAGUACCGCCAUUUACAGAAGAGGGCCCAAGGCUCGUCAAAGGGCUCUGGAUGGGGCUGGCAUACGGCGCAUAUUCUCUUCCUCCCCUCGAGAUCCCCGUUACCACAUGUUGUCGUACUUAUCCAACAAGUUCUAUCAAGAGCCAGCUGCCCACCACCCUGAACCUCGAGCUGCAUUGUUCCUCAAUCGCUUCACCCGAACCUCAACCAUCAUGUAUGCCACGAGUGGAGUGUCAACCAUUCUGGGUCUGGAGCCAGAGGAGAUCAUCGGCAAGAGUUUCUACUAUUGCAUUCAGGAGAACUGUCUGCCAGACGCCAUCAAGUGCCUUGAAAGCGCAAAAGCUAAUGACUCCAUUGCAUAUUUGAGGUUCUGGUAUCGAGAUCCCUUGCAACAACGAAGCAGAGCACAUUCCGAGGCCUUGCCAGAAGACGGGAGUGACGAAGAUGAAGAGGGCGGUGUCCCCCUUGGUGGUAGUGGACGCUCCGACGCGAGCGUUUCGAUGACAGACGCUUCGACACCACGACCCGCUGAGGCUCCGGCUGCUGCUCUUGAUAGUGCUGGGCCACGUACUUCGGGCCAGGUCACCCCACCACAAGACGCAGAUCAAUUUUCUACACAGCCACGACUGUCUGAGCCCCAUUUAGCACGUGUGGCUGACGGUGAGGCCCAUAGGACGACCUCUGACAACAGCACGUAUACUGAAGGAAAUUAUACAGAUACCGUUUUCGACCGUCAAGACUCAAACAGACGAGAGUCGUCUCAGACGCCACCUGAAGACCUUCAGCCCGAACCCUUAGAAAUUGAAGCUGUGGUCUCCUGCACGUCCGAUGGACUUGUCGUCAUCCUACGCAAAGCAAGACCUCUGGUGCCUCACAGUCUCGGCGCUACGGAAGCACCUUACUACGCUAACGGGCUUUUCGCCUCCCCUUGGGCACCUGAACCGGUCAUGCCACCUACCAUGGAACAGACCACUGUUGCUCCUUUUGCGUCAUUUCCCACUGUCGCAGCGACCGACAACGUUGACACUGGCUUCAUGGCUGCAAUCAGAGACGUGGCGGUCUUCGCUUGGUCGCUCACUGGUAUCAAUGGUUCUCUGGCGCAGUACGCCCGUGGCCAUGCCAGUGCAGAUGCUCUGCCUCCCGAUGGUCUGCCUAUCUGGGAUCCAAAUGCUGAGGUCGAUGAACGAACUAAUGAGCUCUACAAUGGCUUCCUGGGAAGUGCUCAUCGACCGUUUGAUGGGCUGGGUGAGGCUGGUACACUGCGAAAAGAAGAAUCAGGCAGCAGCGAGGAUGAGGUUGUCUGGAAGCGUACUCCGACAAUGCAACCUUGGAGGCGACCUAAGAGAAGAGCACAUGAUGACGCCUUUGGCGGUGAUGAGCAUGAUGGCAUGGAUGGCGCAACUGAAGAUGGCGGCCGAAAAAGGGCGAUAAGGUCGCAUGCGGGUUCUGCGACUGGAUCUUCCACAAGCUCCGGAUCGGGCUCUGGCUCUGGCUCUGGGUCAGCAGAAGGAUCAGGAGCCGGGUCUGCCACUGGUUCUCUCUGAUGAUCCCUUUCUAGUGGUAUACUUUUUACGCUGCAAGGACAAAAGAUGUGGAGGAUUUUCUUUUCCACGAUGUUAUGAAGCAUGCGAUUACUAUUGCUAGG